AUGCCGCCUAAGGAAGCGACCAAAGUUCUGGCCGAGCGGUUGGCCAAGCGCAAGGGGAUUCUCGCGCUGCGUGACAACAUCGAGAAGUUUGUGAGCAAGUUCAACGGCGAGCUGGACAUGUGCCAAGUGUCAGUGCGACUCGAUUCCCUGGAUCAGCUGAAGAACGACUUCCUGGACGUGCAGAACAACAUCGAGAAGUUGGAUGAGCCGAACAAUCUGGACGCGAACAUUGCUCAGCGGGUCGACUUCGAGCAGCGCUACUGUGACAUCAAGGGAUUUUUGCUCUCCAAGCGACCUGUCGAUCUCAACCAAACAUUGGAGAUGUCUACGAUGUCUCACUCGCACUCGCACAAUUUCCACCUGCGUCUCCCGAAGAUCGAAUUGCCGCAGUUCGACGGAGACUACUCACGCUGGUUGUCCUUCCGGGACACUUUUGUGUCGAUGAUCCAUGCCAACUCGGACAUACCAACUGUAGCCAAGCUGCAGUACCUGCUGCAGUCGUUGGGACCGACAGCCAAGAAGCCUUACGAAUCCGUCGAUAUCAAGGCUGACAACUACUUCACGACGUGGUCAGCGAUACUCAAGCGGUACGACGACAAGCGUCACCUGAAGCGACAGCUGUUCAGAGGUUUGUACGAUUUGCCAGCAGUGCCAGAGGAGUGUGCGUCUGCGAUCCACAACUUGGCUGAUGACUUCCAACGCCACGUGAAGGCGCUCGAGAAGUUGGACGAACUUGUGCAGCAUUGGGACACGCCGCUGGUAAACAUGCUGUCGUACAAGUUGGAUCAAGCGACGUUGCGAGCGUGGGAGGAGAAGAAUAGCGAGAAGGCCGACGUUAAGUACGACGACAUGAUCGAGUUCUUGUACCAACGGGUACGCGUUUUGGAAGCUAGCGGAUCGGAGUCCAAGCAGUCGGCAUCGGCAAAGGUGGCCGGUUCCUCAUCGAAACAAUCUCGGCCGAGGUUCGUUGCCAACGCUGCCUCUUCCUCCAGCUCGAACGGUUCGUGCUUGCUUGGGUGUUCGGAGAACCAUCAUCUACGCAGAUGUCCAGUGUUUCUUGGGAAGGAUGUGCAGCAACGCCGAGACCUGGUUGCGCAGAAACGGCUGUGCUGGAACUGUCUCUCGGCUGGCCACCCGGCCAGGAAGUGUGGGUCCAAGUUCUCGUGCCAAACUUGUAAGCAGAAACACCAUUCACUUGUGCACGUCUCGUCUCCGACGAGGGUUUCAUCGACUCCUGCUGUGACUUCCGUCACAAUUGAUCAACCGUCCAACACCGCGUCGGCGAACGCGGCCCCGGUAGGCUCAAGUUCUACCACUCCACAAGUCAGCAUGGCAGUGCAAACUGCAUGCAACACGGUUCUGCUGGAGACGGUUGUGGUGAAUGUGGUUGACGAUCACGGCAAGAAGCACAAGGCGCGAGCGUUGCUGGACUCAGCUUCGAUGUCAAACUUCAUGUCGGGUCAGCUGGCAAAGAACCUCUACAAUCGGCCGAUCAAGGUGGACGUCGCAGUAGCUGGGAUUGGAGUUUCAACGCAACGAGUUCGCAGCGCAAUCACGGCCGCGAUCGAGUCCAGGAACACAACGUUUUCUACGAAGCUGGAGUUCCUGAUCCUGAGGCAGCCUUCUGCAGAGCUGCCAACCGUGCCGAUAGACGUGUCGACAUGGAAACUUCCGGAUAUUGUGCUGGCAGAUCAACGCUUCAACGUACCUGAACCGAUCGACCUGGUGAUCGGCAGUGAAUCGUUCUGGGAACUGCACACUGGGCGGAAGAUCUCGCUUGGAGCAGGUCUUCCAUGGGUAGUUGAAACGCACUUUGGUUGGGCGGUAUCUGGCACCGCAUCCGCUGAAACUACCUGCAUCCCCCGCAUCUGUCAGCUUUCAGCUGUGAACGAUCGUCUGGAGGCUGCAAUCCAGAGAUUCUGGGAAGUUGAGACGAUCCCGGAAGGCCCCGCUCACUCUGUCGACGAGAAUCGCUGCGAGGAGUUCUUCGCCAAGACGACCACCCGUGACGCUACAGGAAGGUACGUGACCAUCGCAGAGCGCCGCUUUCUCGGCCUGGAACGUCGAUUGGAUCGAGAUCCUGCGACGAAGGAGGCCUACCACAAGUUUAUGCACGAGUAUCUGUCGCUGGGCCACAUGGAGUUGGUGGACGGACCUGUGGACUACCGGAGGCCACACUGCUACUUGCCGCACCACCCUGUCUUCAAACAAUCAAGCACAACGACGAAGGUCAGGGUCGUCUUCGACGCGUCGUGCAAGACGUCGUCCGGCUACUCGGUGAAUGAAAAGAUGCUCGUUGGACCGGUCGUUCAACCGGACCUGCUGUCGACGCUGCUGAAGUUCCGGUUUCAAGCGGUCGCACUGGUGGCGGACGUCGAAAGAUGUACCGUCAAGUGCUCGUGCAUCCUGACGAUCGGCCUCUGCAGCGGAUUAACGCUCGCUCAGAUCGCGCAAGACAACAAAGAACUCCACCCGGACGCUGCUGAAGCUGUUGCACGAGAUUUCUACGUCGACGACUUGAUCUCUGGUGCGCCGGACGUGGAAACGGCGAUCAAACUGCGCCGCGAGAUAUCUACGAUGCUUGCUGCUGCUGGUUUUCCGCUCAAGAAGUGGGCGUCUAACGCCCCUGAAGUGCUACGAGACAUUCCACCCGAGGAUCUUGCACUUCUGCCGGUUUACGACCUGCAAGAUGGUCAAACUGUAACCACACUCGGCAUCGUUUGGGACCCACAGACAGACACCCUCUGUUUCCGGGUCCAACUACCACCCCCUGCGUCGGUGCUCUCAAAGCGCAAAGUGAUGUCUUACAUCGCACAGAUUUGGGACCCGAGAAGCCUGCGCGUGGGACACCCGCUCCCACUCAAGAUCCAGCUGGAAUGGAAGGAGUUCCACAUGCUGCUGCACAUGCUCAGCCAGGUCAAGGUUCCGCGGUUCGUCUCUACGCCUGGCGCCACUAUCCAGUUGCAUUUUUUCUCCGACGCGUCGGAAAUGGCUUACGGCGCCUGCUGUUACGUCCGAGCUGCGGCCGCCAACGGAGUUACCACUCGUCUGCUGUCCUCGAAGUCCAAGGUCGCGUCGCUGUCGUCCCAUGACUCGAUCAACAAAUUGGAGCUAAAUGGUGGCCGGCUCUCUACGCAGCUGUACAAGAAAGUCAAGAAAGCCCUGAACCUGUCUGAUGCCGUUCCAGUCUUCUUCUGGACAGAUUCGCUUACGGUUCUUCACUGGUUGAACUCUCUGCCCAGCCGUUGGAAGACGUACGUCGCGAAUAGGGUGUCCCAAAUCCAGCUGUGCACUAGCCGCCAUGUCUGGGGACACGUACCCGGCGUCGACAAUCCCGCCGACUACAUCUCUCGAGGACUGAGCCCGCUGGAACUGCUCGAUUGUCUGUGUUGGUGGUUUGGGCCCCUUUGGCUGAAGCAAAACCCGGACUACUGGCCAAAAACUGUGUUGACAGCCGCAGACGCUUCAGCUGUAACCAAGGAAGAACGCAAGGUGCCGAUCGUUGCGAUGACCACCGUCGAGGCUGAUUUCAGCAACCGUGUUUUCAGCUUGACCUCGAGCUUUCCUAAGCUCCGUCGCGACAUCGCAUUCUGCCAGCGCUUUCUUUCCAAGCUUCGUGAACGCUCGGUGCAACGGCGCGAUGCACCUGAACAGUACGCCCCGCCUACUGUUGGAAAAGUAACAACCCCUCUAUCGGUUACGCCGCUCUCUACGCACGAACUCCAACACGCUGAAUUCUCGCUGGUGCGCCUAGCGCAGCAAGAACACUACGCUGAGGAGAUUUCUGACCUCUCUGGAGGUGAACGGGUGUCCAAGUCGUCACCACUCAAGUGGUUGAACCCGUUUGUUGACGAAAAACGUAUCCUGCGAGUCGGUGGCCGGCUUCGGAACGCCAAACUGACUCACGAAAGCAAACACCCGAUUGUUCUCUCUGCGCGACACCCGCUAACGGCUCUGUUGGCUAGUUACUUCCACGAGAAACUACUGCACGCAGGUCCCGCCCUCAUGCUGGCCACUCUCCGCCAGAAGUACUGGAUCUUGGGCGGACGAAACCUGGUGAAAUCUGUCUACCAUCGCUGCCACACCUGUUUCCGCAUCUACGUGGCCAUUUUCGUUUGCUUUUCGACCAAGGCGGUCCACAUCGAGCUGGUGAGCGAUUUAUCCACACCAGCAUUCAUCGCAGCUCUACGUCGACUGGUCGCCCGCAGAGGACAGGUUGUCGAGUUGAAUUCUGACAACGCGACCGCCUUCAAGGGUGCUGCGAAUGCACUGCACCGUGUGUACCAGAUGCUGAAGGUCGAACAACUCGAUCGGAAUGAGAUUUUCACCUGGUGCGCAGAGAACGGGAUUCGCUGGAAAUUCAUCCCACCACGCGCGCCGCACUUCGGCGGACUGUGGGAGGCGGCGGUCAAAUCCGCCAAAACACACCUACUCAAGACGAUGGGCACCACUAGUGCCAACUACGAGGACAUGCUCACACUGCUGGCGCAGAUAGAGAUGUGCCUCAACUCUCGCCCACUCACGCCCAUGCCGGACGACCCGGCAGACGCUGAAGUCCUGACCCCAGGACAUUUUCUCGUCGGGAGCAACCUCCAAGCCGUUCCGGAAAUGGACCUGAAGGAGAUUCCAGACAACCGCCUGAACAACUGGGAGCUGACGCAGAAACGAGUCCAGCAAAUCUGGGCACGCUGGUACCCCGAGUAUCUGCAGCAGCUGCAGUCCUGCCAACUCCAAGCCAAUGAUCAUCAUCAAAGUCCAGGUAGAGCAACCCAUUGUGGGAGAUCUUGCUCGAUGCGCACCUGCGCAUAG